AUGAUACCGAGUAGAUUCAUGGGACGGCCACUGGCCCGGCCCAACAUACCGGUUUUGCGACACUCGCAAGUAGUACCUCGAUCCCACGUCGCAAGGUUUCCAUUGGGAGUACCCAGUGCAACACCUAUAGCACGUGCUUGGGACAGUACUUUAACAGGCAAAGAGAAAUCCGGCCACAUCACCGCGGCUCAGGACGAAUCCAUUCUUUUUUUCGAUAACCUCUUUCCCCUCAAGCUGAGCUUCCUUUUCCGACGACCAUGGCAGAGCGAUGAGGACAUUGCCGAUCUCCUCAAGCGUUUUGACAGUUCAAGCUUGGGUCUGCUUGACCCGAUCAAUCUCGUCAAGAAGGCCAUUCCUCAAGACAUACCCAUGAAGGUCACGGAGAUCCUCCCUCGAUUGAAAGAUGGCGGUGUUUUUGUCAAAGUCAGUCAUGGACCGGAAGUCUCCGCAAAAGACCUCGAAGAUUCUUUGACGAAGAAACUCGAGGCAACACCCAUCAAACCUUGGUUUAAUCCCUUUCGCGGCGUCAAGUUGGGCCUCGUCAAAGGUGCGCCUUGGUUAGAGGAUCUCUACCGCUUCCCGAAGUCAAGACUCAAGGUUGAAUUUACACCCAAGGACCCUGGAGGUGAAGCCGUCGAGCUGUCGCAAGAAGAACUAUACAGUCUGUUCCGGAAAUAUGGCAAAAUUGCCGAAAUCACCUCACAACCCAACGACUCGAAAGUUUUGCCCAAGUUCGCCUACCUCGACUUUGCGCUUAUCAGGGACGCAAUCAUGGCCAGGAACUGCUUGCACGGAUAUCUCGUAGGCGAAGCACUCGGCGGCGGAAAGUCUGGCACCAAGCUGCGUCUCUCGUAUGAACAGAAGGUGAAGGCACACAGCAUCUGGAAUUGGAUCUCUAGCCACCCAAGACUGGUGAUUCCAAUUGUUCUAGGAUUGGUCACUGCUAUCACGGUUGCCAUUUUUGACCCCAUCCGACAGUUCUUUGUCAAGGCGCACAUCCAGCGGGCCUUCCGCUUGACUGACAGCAGACUAUAUCGAUGGGUCAAAUCCCAGACCACAGACCUGCUUUCUUUUGGGCACAAAAAGGCAGACUCUGCAGGAUUUAGCGCCGUGUGGAACCACCGCCGAGACCUUAUCGAACAAAUCCAGAAUUGGCUAAUGGAAAGCUCCGACACAUUCAUCGUUGUGCAGGGUCCUCGAGGCUCCGGCAAAAAGGAGCUUGUAUUACAACAGACUCUUGAAGGGCGCAAGAAUGUCCUGGUGAUCGACUGCAAGCCGAUCGUGGAAGCUAGGGGCGAGGGUGGCACAAUCAAAAACAUGGCUACUGCUGUAGGAUAUCGUCCAGUCUUCUCAUGGGCAAACAGCAUGAGCAGCCUGGUCGACCUGGCUGUACAGAGCACGACUGGAGUGAAGUCUGGCUUCUCCGAGACCCUCGAAACCCAGGUUGUCAAAAUACUCCACACAGCGGCGUCGGCACUCAAAGAUGUUUCACUUGCAAGUCGACACAAGAACGAUAAAGAUGCCGACCUUUCGGAUGACGCGUACCUCGAUGCCCACCCCGAAAAGAGGCCUGUUGUGGUCAUUGAUAACUUCCUGCACAAGAACGAAGAGUCCAGCAUCAUCUACGAGAAGAUGGCCCAAUGGGCUGCUAUGCUUGUGCAGAACAAUGUGGCUCACGUCAUAUUCCUCACAAACGACACGUCGUACUCGAAGUCGCUAUCGAGGGUGAUGCCUGACAGGGUGUACAGACAGGUUGCCCUCGGUGAUCUCUCCCCGGACGUGGCCAAGAAAUUCGUCGCGAGCCGUUUGGAAGUUGACGAUAACGAGAAGCAAAAGGACAGCGACGGCGAGAAACAACAUGAGACCCCGCGGUCCGACCUCUCAGAACUUGACGACUGUAUAGACCUUCUUGGCGGUCGCCUUACUGAUCUCGAGUUCCUGGCCCGGCGCAUCAGAGGUGGACAGAGCCCGAAACACGCAGUCGACGACAUUAUCAACCAAAGUGCAACCGAAAUCGUCAAGAUGUACUUGCUCGGCGGCAAGGUUGAUGCUGAAGAAAGGAAGUGGUCUACUGAGCAAGCUUGGUACCUCAUCAAAUCGCUUGUUGCACAGCAAAGUCUACGUUACAACGAGGUCUUGUUAUCGGAUACAUUUGCAUCCUCGCAGACGUCGAGGGCAGCGAGUGGCGAGUUGGCGCUUGAGAGCCUGACCAACGCCGAGCUCAUCAGUGUUAAGACGCAUUACGGCAGGCCGCAGACCAUCACGGCUGGCAAGCCCAUGUACCAGGCAGCAUUCAAAGUGCUCGCUGGUGACCCCGUGCUGAGGGCUAAGAUGGAUCUUGCUGUGUUGACAGAGAUGGCCAAGGUCGAAGCGAAGACAAUCGAUAAGGUAGAGAACGAGCUUGCACUAUUGGGGGCACUUCCCAAACAGCCAGCACAGGCGGGAGCCCGAGUCGAGUACCUGCUGAACAAGCUUGACAAGAGUCAGAGGAAGAUUGACGGAUACGACAAGGAGAUGGUAGGACUGAAGAAAGUCCUCUCGCAAGAAUUUUGA